AUGGAGUCCAGGAGAAGAGGGAGAGAGGCGGUCGUCACGCUCGUUCUCGCUCCUGCCUCCUCCUGCUCCGCCGCUUGCGCUCCUCCACCAACUCGACCCCAGAACCACGCCGACGUUUACAGUACCCACGCCGCUCGCUCUCCCGCCCGCGAGCUCUCCUGCCCCGGCGCACGCGUACAAACGCGCGACGAGUUGGAACCCACCAACCGAACCGCCGGAAGCCCGGUCGUCUCCAAACCGCUUCCUUCGUCUCGGUUCUCUGUGUGUUCGAAACUCACUGGCUUCCAGACCGUCGAGUUCGAGGGAGGAGGUGGACCGCGGCAUCGCUCGCUCGUUCCCCUCGCUCGAGGCUACGAUUCGCGACGGACUUCCGGCCCCUUUGUCGUGUGUGUCGGAAUGAAAGGCGGGAGACGAGAGAGAGGAGAUAGAGCGGAGGAGAGGAGGGGACCUUCGCAAAACGUUCCUCCUCGUCCUCCGCCGCUUCCUCCUCUACAAGACCGUACCGCAUGGCCCGCGCCACAUCUCAUCAAGCCUCAAGCCAAGCCGCGGGUCCACUCUCCUCCCUCGUGCUCGCUGUUCCCGCCCAAGAAGCUUCCGCUCGUCGAACGAACGAGACCCCGCUUGCCGCUCGUCCGGCGUGCUCGUUCCUUCCGAUCAUUGAUGCCAUCAAACCCGGGUGAUCGAGCGUGUGUUGUGCUUGUCGGUGAGGAUGCCGGGUGGGUGCAUACAGUGUCGAGAUGCGUGAGGGUGAGCGAGGCCGUGAGGAAGAAGCUGAGUGUGGUUGUUGGACCGUCCAAGCAAGCGAGGAGAAUCGUUCGUCCGUCCGUUCGAAGAGCAGAACCCGGGACCUGCCCCCUUCGAGCACUUGAGUGGCCGCCAGCGAUCGCCCCUCCAACUCCGGCUUCCGCCCGCAAACCACGACACUCUGCACGUUGUCCGCCCUGCACUCACACGCCCGCUCGCUCCGCUGCCAACGACACACUCGCACGACGAGCGGCUUCGUGCGCGACACUCGAGAACGGCUUGCUUGCGAACCCCAGUCUGACCCCGCGCCCAUCGCCCAUUAACCCCGCACGCUCGACAGCAUCGGCGCCAGAUCCUGCGCUCAGCCAGCCCCAGCCCAGCCAGCCCUUUGUCCUCGUCCGUGCGUCCCAAAGAGCGGAUCCGACCCUCCCCCUCUCUCUCUUGCCUCCCCUUCGUCUCGCUAUCGUCGCAUCGUCUCUCGUUCCUUCACUCGCUCGACAACGAAGACACUCUUGCUAG